UUUCUCUCUUGACCCUCGGUCGGCACAAAACCCCCCCCCUCUCUCUCUCUCCGGAGUGACGCGCGGCCUACAUCUCCGAUACAAGGCCUCUACCUCCGGCGGUUUCCAUUUCCAUCACUUGCCGGAUUUCUCAGUCGCGCCGUGAUCACUGCACUCGCAAUUCUCUAAUUGAUUCAUCUUCUGCUCUCCAGCAUUUACUCAUUCUCUCUCCACUGUCUUCUAUAGAAACCCUAAUUCAAUCUCGUCGUGUGAAUUGGAACAUUGCCUCAAUUCUGCGAUCGGAUCAUUGAAAUCGAAGCAGAAGGGGUGAAUGCUAAACCAAGAAUAACAGAUUGAAGAGAAGAUCUGAAUUCGACACAUUUAUAUACAUACGCAUUAGAGCUGAGAGCUUGUGAAGCAGAGAUGGUGAAGAUGACAAUGAUUGCUCGUGUUACAGAUGGACUUCCACUAGCAGAAGGACUGGAUGAUGGCCGUGAUUUGCAAGAUUCUGAAUUCUAUAAACAGCAAGUCAAGGCUUUGUUCAAAAAUCUCUCAAGAGGCCAGAAUGAGGCUUCAAGAAUGUCAGUUGAAACUGGCCCUUACGUUUUCCAUUAUAUUAUUGAAGGACGUGUUUGUUAUUUGACAAUGUGUGAUCGCUCUUAUCCAAAGAAACUCGCUUUUCAAUACCUGGAGGACCUAAAGAAUGAAUUUGAACGUGUUAAUGGAAGUCAAAUUGAAACUGCCGCUAGACCUUAUGCUUUCAUCAAAUUUGAUACAUUCAUACAGAAAACAAAGAAACUCUACCAGGACACUCGAACUCAGCGGAAUAUUGCAAAGUUGAAUGAUGAACUUUAUGAAGUACACCAAAUAAUGACUCGCAAUGUACAGGAAGUUCUUGGUGUUGGUGAAAAGUUGGACCAGGUCAGUCAAAUGUCUAGUCGCUUGACAUCAGAAUCUCGUGUAUAUGCGGAUAAGGCAAAAGAUUUAAAUCGACAGGCUUUGAUUCGGAAAUGGGCUCCUGUUGCCAUUGUGUUAGGAAUUGUCAUCCUUCUCUUUUGGGUCAAAAAGAAGAUUUGGUGAACCGGUGAUAUUACCAUCCAUUUGCGAUUCCAAGGCAUUACUGCUUCAAUUUCUCCAUUUGCUCCAGGCUGCUUUUGUUAAUCGUCCAGACACCAGAGAACUUAUAUUGGUGCCUGAUCCACAUGAACAGUUCGAUCAUCUUUCAAUGUGACGGCAGUUUUUGUUUAUGUCAUAGUUCAGUUAUACCUUCUGAGGGCUGGCUUUCUGGGCAGCUUGGGGAUGGGGAUUAAUCCGGCCAUGUGGAAAUUUGAAAGAAAGAUCCCUAUAGUAAAGACUAAGGAGACCGCCUAAACAUAGUUAAUUUUUCUUGGAAAGGUUAUUCUCUCCCGGGGCUUUAUACAGGAGUUUAUUAAUUUAGGUAUUAAGUAUUUGUGAACCUUGUUGGUUUUAUAUAACAUGCUUCCAAAUAUAUUACUUACUGCAUGGCAAAUGCUCACA